CUUGUGCUUGCUGCACAAUCAUGCGACCAUGAUGUUGGAGCUCCAGAAUUAACCUUAAAAUCUUGGCAUGGCCAGUCCCACCUAUAACCCUGCACUGAAUUAGAGGCAGGGCAGAGUUGAGACUACAAAGCUUGUUGCACUCCAGUAUAGUUCCAAUGAGAACAGGCAGAGAAGGUACCCAGUGUGCUCUGCUUGUACAACCACAUACACAAGCGCGGAUAUACAGCGCAUACACAUACUCGUACACAAAUGUUUCUUCUACUUUGUAUAUCACCUUUGAAUUCUAAUAGCUAAUUUAUAAUAUCUAAGAAGAAACGAACUUUAAAAAUCUGUAGAGACCAAUAUCGUGCCUGAGACCACAGGGUUUGAGGACUUGUCCUUUAGGGGCCGCAGAGUAGGCGGCCUGUUCUGCCUACCUGGACUUCGGGCGCUGUGCCCCUUCUCAAGAGGCUAGGCCAAGCAGUAGGGCACCUGCCCUUCUCGUCCACCCAGGUGCUCUAUGAACAGGUAGCACCCUGGGUAUGAGGAUGGUUUAAGGCCUUCUCAGGGGCCUCCUGCCACUCAGGCAGCGUCCUGGGAAAAAUUCUGGGGAAGGGGAGUGAAUCUUCCCCAAGAGAGGAGACGAGCAUAUUGAAGAGAUGUUUUGUUCUGCCUGUCGCUGUUGGAAGGAAAGAGGAAGGUGGCUGAGGAGGACAAAGAGAACAGUGGGCAGGUAGGAGGAAGAAAGAGGAGCACCAGGGAGGGGUCCAACAGGGCUUAGGAACCGGAAAGAGAGAAGGAGGGCCCCCGCUUCCUGGCUGCCUGUUGGGGAGUGGGUUGGUCUGAACUUUGUGCGGGGAUCUCUGUCAUCACAUGCGUGCCUCCUCCUCAUAAUCCUGGUUUUGGAGGAAGUCCUGGUCAGCUUCAGGACACUACACAGGACGCCAGAUCUCUUUCUGUCCUAAGAUGGUCGGGCUGGACUGUUUAGUUGCUGUAAAUCCAGUGUAGCACUGGUCGGAGGCUCCACCAAUCACUUUAAAGGUAGGAGGAGCUGCCCCGCCUCUAGUUCAGGACUGCUUGAAGGUGGGAUAACCGCAUCAGCCACCAAGACCUAGGAAAGAGCAUAGCCAGGACACUGCUUAGGACACUGGGUCACCAUGAGACUUAGCUCCUGAGGCCAACUCCCCUUUGUGAAGUCUCAGCAGGCCUGGAAGAGCCUGGUCCAUCAAGGGCCCUCUUGAGCCAGACCUUCAAGGCCUGGUCUGUCCUGCUCUCCAGGUGUCCUGCCUUUCAGAAAAGAGCACAGGGAACUGGCAGAGAUGGCGCUGAACCUCCUUUAGGAAGUUCAGACAGGAACCACCUACAUUAAGUUUGUAUAGCUUUUCUCUUGAAUCAACAGCCUGGGACCAGAAAGAGCGUGGCACCAAGGCACUACCCGAUCCCAGCCUCUGGUAUAGGGCUUCCACCAGGAUCCUGCUCCAUCCCCACUGGAUCAUCCCACGGGGCCAUACUCCUGUAGGGUCCUGCUCUUAAAGAGUGAGACUUAUAAGGUUCUGUCCCCCACUGUGCCUGCUCUCUUAUUGUCCUUCUCUCUCUCAUUGUCCUUCCCCCAGCUCUACCUCUCCCAUCUGCAUGGGAGGCCUCUUUGAAAUCCCUCAGUACUUCUUACUCGGCCUUGUGUUCCUGAGGCCUCUCCCUCUGCCUCUGACGAGCAUUGUGUUCUGAUAGUGGGCAGACAGUACUUAAGCCCACACCGAUUUUAGCACAUGUGUGGGCAUGGAAUGGCCUGGGGGCUAGCAGGUCAGAUCCAUGGAUAAGACGCAGAGGACACUAGGGAUAGUUAUGAUCCCCACCUAGAACAGGUUGUUCUUUGGCACGAAGGCUAGAUAGAGGUGGACGUGGGCAGGUUUCUGACCCACCUGUAGGCACAAGUGUUUGGAGUCACAAGAUGGCCCCAGCUGGACACAGUAGGCUUUCUCUUCUUUGGCUGGGACUCCAGAGACCCUGGCAAGUGUUUAUGGUCUAAGAGGGUCAGCCCUGCCCUGUUUUCACACCCACCUGUCUGCCAUACUCCUCAGGGCACUGGCCACGUGGGCUUUGAUAUGAGGAAACAGGUUUCUGAGCGAGCUUCACCAGCGUCCGCUCCUCAGGCAGGCUAUAUCCCUCUGGAGCCUGGUGGCUGUUGGGAUGGGCCCUUGGUGGGCUCUGUGGCUGAUACUCACCCUGCCUCAAAUCCUGGAGGGUCAGGCUCCAGCCAUGCCUCGAGGCUUUUCCCAGAUGAAGAGCUUCCAAAGUGACCAGUUUCAGGGGGAGUGGUUUGUCCUGGGUCUGGCAGACAACACCUACAAGAGAGAGCAUCGGGCCUUGCUGAAUUUCUUCAUCUCAUUGUUCGAGCUCAAAAACAACAGUCAGUUUCAGGUGACCAACUCCAUGACUCGGGGCAAGCGCUGCAACACUUGGUCCUAUAGCCUAAUCCCAACAACCAAGCCUGGGCAAUUCACCAGGGACAACAGAGGGUCAGGGCCUGGGGCAGACAAAGAAAACAUACAGGUCAUAGAGACAGACUACGUCAAUUUCGCCCUGGUGCUAUCCCUCAGACAGACGAGCAGCCAGAGCAUCACAAGAGUCAGCCUUCUGGGUAGAAACUGGAGGCUUCCUCAUAAGACAAUAGACAGGUUCAUCUGCCUGACCAGGACCCAAAACCUCACAAAGAAUAACUUCCUCUUCCCUGAUUUGACCGACUGGUUACCGGAUCCAAAAGUCUGCUGAAGAAGGAAAUGGUUCCUACCGGUAGAGCCUCGCCCUGCCCCUGCUCUCAACACAAAUAAACACACUGCCUACGACCCCA